GAGAUGCCGCGCCCAAGGCUGGCAAGGGCCCAAAGGGCCCCAAGGGCCCUGCCAAAGGCCCGUGCAAGGGCCCUCCGGCACCUGGAGGCAAAGGCCCCCCAGCGCCCGGCGGCAAAGGGCCAGGCGGGCCCCCAGCGGCCAAGGGCGCAGGAGGCAAGGCCGGCGGCAAGCCGGGCAAAGGCGGCAAAGCCGCCCUGGAGACGAAGCCGGCGGUGAAGCCUUCACAGCCCAUGAAGCCACUGUGGUGGAACAAGAUGGUCUUUGGCGCGCAGCUGCAGAAAGGUGAGACAAUCUGGGACGAGGUCAAGGAUGAGAUGGAUCGGCUUCCAAUAGGGGAGCUGACCCUUCGAUUCAGCAAGUCGGCCGUCGCGCAGAAGGAGAAGCCGAAGAAGGAGGAAGGCGAGAAGAAGAAAGAGGAGCUGGCUUUGAUCCGCAUCAUUACCGAUCCGCAGAUCGUCGUGGGCAAGGAGGCCUCACUCCGGAAGCUACCAGAGCCCAGCGAGGUGGCGAAGGCCUUGGACGAGCUCAACGACAAGAUCCUGGACGUGGAGAUGCUUCAGGUGGUCAAGGACAACGCCUGCCCCAACCCGGCCCAGCUGAAGGAGCUGCAAGAGGCGCGGCAGAAGAACCCCAAUGUGCCCUUGGCCCUGCCGGAGAGCUUCAUGUGGGUGAUUGGGCACAUGCCCGCCUACCAGCAGCGGAUCGACGUCUGGAGCUUCGCCCAGUCCUACCCCGAACAGCAUGCGUCCUACGACGGGGCGCUCAAGGACUUUCUCUCCGUGGUGGAAUGCUUUCAGGAGUCGGAGGUGCUUCCGCACUUGCUGGGCAUCAUCUUGGCCGUGGGCAACUACCUGAACGGGGGCACCAACCGGGGGCAGGCUGAUGCCUUCGACUUAGAGACCUUUGGCAAACUGGAGGGAAUCAAGGAUGCGACGGGGAAGGAUGUGAGGCACUUCAUCUUCGACCUCUUCUUGAAUCAGAUGACGGAGCAAGCGAACACUUUCCUUGAGGAGAUCACCCCCUGCAUGGUGAACAUCAAUCGUCGCAUUGCCAAGGACUCUGACGGGGUGGAGAAGCUGGACAAGUCGGCCAGGAUCGUCUUUGAGGAUUUCGACAUGUGCGUCAAUGCCCUGCACGGAGAGUUCGUGGCAAAGCACGAAACGAUGCAGAUGAUCCUGUCCUACUUCGAGGAUCCCGCCGACCCCUUCAAGAUGCAGAUGCCGGCCAUCUACUCAGAGGCAAAAGAGAAGCUGGAUGCACUCCUGACGCUGAAAGACACGGCCAAGGAGAAGUACGCUCAGCUGCUGAAGUGGUUCAAAAUCCAAUCCAUGAAGAGCAGCGACUUCUGUGUGCUCUGGGACAACUUGAUGGUUCCAUCCAACCUGAUCCUCAAUGCCGACAUGAAGAUGAAGAAGGACUUCAUGAUCCCAACCUUCUGCCAAAACAAGCCCUUCACGGCCGAUGAGCUUCAAAUCCUGUGGCAGUUCAAGGAGUUCGACGCCAAGUCGAAGCUCCCCAAGAAGAAGGCAGGGCAGCGCCGCCGCCGAAGAUUCUCGCAGCGCCUGCGGGACGCACAAGCCGCCGCCGACAAGGCCUCAGCGGAGGGCCAGGCGCCCCCAGCACCGGGGGGCGCGCCCGGAGGGGCGCCGGCCGGAGGCAAGGCGAAGGGAAAGCUGCCUCCACCUGGCAAGGGAAAGCCGCUUGGCUUGCGGCCGGAUUAA